AUGUGUAUAACAAUAGCCACAACGAGCCAUCCAGACUUUCCAUUUAUAUUAUUGUCAAAUAGAGAUGAAUACUUCAAAAGACCAACUGAUCCUGCUCGGUUUAGAAAACUAAACGAAAAAGUCCAGAUACUAACACCAUUAGAUAUGGCCAGACCAGAGCAUGGAACAUGGAUUGGAAUAACAACAACAGGUAAAAUUGCAGUAUUGGUCAAUUACAGAGACAUAGAUACCGAAAGCACUUUAAGUGAAGUCUCAAGAGGAGUGCUACCUUUAAGUUAUUUAAAAUCAGAUUUACUGGAUGAAGAAUGGAGAGAUAAAUUGAUGUCUAAUAUGGAAAGUGAUCAAGGAGAAAUAGAUAUCACCAAAAUUGGUGGAUUUAGUUUACUAUAUGGUACAUUAAAUUUAAACCCAAAAACGAACAAAGUUGAGCAUUUGAAUAUCUUAAGUAAUCGAGGUCAUCAUGGUAAAAUUUUUGAAGAUAAUCGAAGUAUGAAUGUGAGUGAAUCUGAAUUUGAUGAUGAAAGAGAAAUUGCAGAAAAGACAACUUUUGGUUUGUCCAACUCACUAUAUAAUGAACCGUGGAAGAAAGUGAAAAUGGGUGAAAAAUUGUUAAUAUCAUUGAUAAAAAAGUCAGUGGAAAAUAAUUAUGAUGAAAGCAAAUUAGUUGAAGGAUGUUUUGAUAUUUUAAAAACUGAUACCUUCAAUAGAUCCAUAUAUGAAGGGAAAGAUUUUGAUGCUAAAAUAAUGGAAUUGAGAAAUUCAAUUUUUAUACCACCAAUAGAAAGGAAUGGUCCAGAAAGUAAUGUUUUAUCAAUUGGGAGAUACUAUGGUACAAGAACACAGACCAUCAUUUUGCUAAACAAAAAUGGCGAGUUAAGUUACUAUGAAAGAAAUAUGCACUCAAGCGAUACACCUGAACCCGAUAAACCUAUAAUUACAUCCUGCUAUAAGUACAACGUUUGGAAUUGA